CUCUCUUCAUUUCAUCUCAACACCACAGAACGACCUCCCCUCUCUCAAGACCCUUCGUUUCAGUUUUCAUCUUCUUGAAAUUUCUUCACCUCUCUCUCUCUCUUUCUCUCUCUCUGUCUCUCUCUCUCUCUCUCUCUCAGUUCGUCUUUCGAGAAAAUUCUUCUAGCUUUUUUUCUAUAGCCUUUCUCCUUAUUUCUCUGCAAGUAUGCUACUCAAAGCUGCUCCUGCUUUCUCUCUGUUGAGCACCCAUGGCGAUAGUCUGGGUUCUGUGUCUUCCUCUGUUUUUUCGCAGAAUUCACUGUUGAACUCUUCGUCCUCUGCGGCGUCUUUGAUUCGUCUUCCGUCGGCGAAGACCGGGAGUGGAUUUGUGGUUUGUGCCACUAAAGGGGCCAACAAUCGGCCUUUAACCGGCGUCGUUUUCGAGCCCUUCGAGGAAGUGAAGAAGGAGCUCGAUCUUGUACCUACUGUGCCUCAAGUUUCUCUCGCUCGACAGAAGUACGCAAAUGAAUGUGAGGCUGCAAUCAACGAGCAGAUCAAUGUGGAAUACAAUGUCUCGUAUGUGUACCAUGGCAUGUUUGCCUACUUUGACAGGGACAACGUGGCGCUCAAGGGUCUUGCCAAGUUCUUCAAGGAAUCAAGUAUUGAAGAGAGAGAGCACGCUGAAAAAUUCAUGGAAUACCAGAACAAACGGGGUGGGAGAGUGAAGCUUCAGUCAAUUGUAAUGCCACUCUCUGAGUUUGAUCAUGCGGAGAAAGGAGAUGCACUGUAUGGUGAGUUCCAUGGCCAAUUUGAUAUAAAGAUGCUUUUCUUACCGAUUAAAUGGCAUCUUGAUGUGAAAUUGUGUAAUGUGGUGGUGCAUUAUGAUUCUUGGGUGAAAUUAUGUAAUGCAGAAUAGAUAAAUCAUUUUCUU